GCCUAUCUGAAUCUUCCACGUGGAGCAAAUCAACCUUUCUCUAUCGCAUCGACCUCGUAUUAAAAAAAAAAACAACAAAAACAAAAACAAAAAAACAUUCACUACGGAAUAAUCACUAUCAUACGCCAAACUUUAAAAAUUGUCAGUCCAAAUCAAAUACUCCGUACAAACACUCCUCUCCUCCCUCUCUUCUCUAGUCGCACAUACAAUUUCGCAUUUUCCGGCCGAAACGUAUACCUGUAACGACGUCGUUCUUCUAAUCAAAAUACUUUAAACCCUAAUUGUCGCCUUUAACGUCUCCGGCGACGGCGAAUUUCCCAAAGAGAAUAACCGGCAAGUCCACCUCCGACUCUCCUAGCCAACUCGUAAUUGACAACUACCAUGCCCUGUAAAUUUCCGAGUUUCUGCAACGGCGAAGGAGACUGGUUGUGGCGACGAUGAGAGGUUCUCCAGUGAGUCGACGAGCUGCUCAGCGAUUUCGGCAACUCGCUUUCUUGUCUGCUGGAUCCGUGAAGGUUAAGCUACUGCUCGGAUUUUGCAUCUUCUUCACUUUGAUCUUGCUCGUCUUUCGAGCUUCCACUUUCAUUCAAUGGACACACCAUUACAAUUCCAUCGACCAAUCUGAUUUACACAGGAAGGGUUAUACACUUUUAAUUAAUACCUGGAAAAGAAAUGAUCUUUUGAAGAAAUCCAUCUCCCAUUAUGCAGCAUGUCUUCUACUGGAAUCCAUACACAUUGUAUGGAGUGAGCCCGAUCCUCCAUCAGAGUCUCUUAAUCGUUAUUUGCAGCACAUUGUGAAGGCAUACUCAAAAAAUGGACGAAAGAUUGAACUGGAAUUUGAUACCAAUACAAAAGACAGUUUGAACAAUAGAUUUAAAGAAAUCAAGAAUCUGAAAACAGAUGUGGUCUUCUCAAUUGAUGAUGAUGUCAUAUUUCCUUGUUCUUCUGUUGAAGUUGCCUAUAGUGUAUGGCAGAGUGCUCCUGAUACAAUGGUUGGAUUUGUCCCACGUAUGCAUUGGCUGGAUCAAUCUAGAGGCAAUAUGGAUCACUAUACUUAUGGUGGUUGGUGGUCUGUUUGGUGGACGGGCACUUAUAGUAUGGUUCUAUCCAAGGCAGCUUUUUUCCACAAAAAGUACCUGGCAAUGUACACAAAUGAGUUUCCAGCAUCCCUUAGAGAAUAUAUAGCUCAUAACAGGAAUUGUGAAGAUAUUGCAAUGUCGUUUCUUGUUGCGAACGCAACCGGUGCUCCUCCUAUUUGGGUAAAAGGCAAGAUAUUUGAGAUCGGCUCUACAGGAAUCAGUAGCUUGGGAGGUCACAGCCAGAAACGAACUGAAUGCAUUAACAGACUGUUGUGUCAACUUGCUGUUAUACGAGCACUAAUAGAUGAGGUGGUCCUAAGACUGGACCAAAUUACUGAAAUGUUUCUGCGACUUUGAUGGAAUGCGCCAGGAUUGGCUGCAAGGUACUCUUCCAAUGUCAAAAUUGCCUGUUGUAAGGCACAUAAGCGUUGUAUAGCUGACAUAGAAACGGGAGAUCAAUUCCUAGUACAUGAACAUGAAGGUGGGUUGAUUGUUGAUGAUGGAAGUGUAGGGUGAAUUUAAAGGAGCUGUUAGAUUUGGAUUUGAUUGAUUAUCAUCAUAAUGUUUGUACACUCAGAGAGUCGGAUGCUUAGAGUUAGAUUUAGACUUGUAGAUACUGUGAGUAGUGUCUUCAUUCCCAACUGAAGUUUAUAAAGAUGUAAUUGAGACUUAAAGAUGCCAACUUCAGCUCAGUCAACAAGUUUUCUUUCUGAGAUACGAGUAACCUAAUUAACCAUAAAACAGGAACCAAAAUAUACAGGUCUAACCUGAUUUUGUAUAGGUCAGGAGUUCUUUUUGGGUUAUUGAUGAAGAAAUAAUGUUUAUUUAGAAUUUAGAUACAAGUAGGUUUUAAUUUUCAGUUUAGGUCACCCAUCUCCAAAUGACUUUACCAGUCAAACAACCCCGCAUCAAAAGUAAACGAGUGAAAUGUAUUCAAAGGGCUGCCUGAUAAUAUCUUGCAACUGUAUCACAGGCUGGAUCAUAUCUUCUCGUCAACACAAAGAAAAAGAACUCCCUAGUUUGCUUAACAAAGUGGGAGUUGCAUAAAGGAAAUUACGCUUUUGAAAACUACUUAGCAUUUUCUUGCCUUUAGAUAGAUCAAAUUAACUAGAGGAGGCUAGGUAAACAACUUUUCCUGUGUAGGAAGUAGAAUUUCCUAGUUUUUAUUAACUGAAUUAAUCAGUACUUUGCCAUUAGAAUGACCAUAAACUGAAAUACAAAAAUGUAAGAACUAAGAAGCAUGGGAUCGAAGUUUGAAUAUGUUGUGAAAGUUGUGACCAUUACUGAGCUUUACAACUGUACAAUUAUAUAUUAGUUGCACAACAUACAGAGGUACCAAAAGCCGUGAUCAUAUGACCAGGAGACUUACAAAAAAGAUACCCAGUGGCUCGAAACUAGGAAUCCUCAGAAAUUGACAAUGGUACUAUUAAUAUGCCCUUAUUAUGUUACCCUGAUAAUUAAUCUAUUGUAUGGAUAUGGUACAUUUAAACCAAGAACAAUUUUGACUAUUAUUCACAUAACAUCUCUUCUCUUUCCCGUUAGCUCAUUGCACAGGGAGGAUCAAGAGGGUAACAUGUAUCUUCACCACCCGUGCUCCAUAAGAAAUUUGCAUACUUUGAUGCAUGAUAUGAGUUGUCUGGUUCAGCCGCUGUUGCCUGUUGAAAUCUUUCUUCAGCUCCCCAUAGGUCUUUUCUCACCACCCAUAAGAAAUUUGCAUAUUGUGUCAUUACCUCUGCGUCCGUUGGAUCCAAUUGUAUUGCUCGCUUGAAACACUCCUCGGCCCUGGAGGAUCAAAGACGAGUAAAUUAGUACAACAACAAUAGAGAUCACUAUAAUGAAACGAUCACAUUUUACGAUUCUGAGCUUGAUAAAAUUUUACAAAAUAUCUUAACAGGGUUCAAGUUGACAUGAACUCUGCUACUUGCUGCAUUUAGGCCAUUACAUAUUGCAUCUGAUAUGGACCAUAUAUGUAAUGUAGUCACUAUCUUCUAAAUUACAAGAUAUCAAUAAGGAAACCAUCGUCGUAAUUAUGCACUCAGGUGUACCUAACUCUAAUUAAUCACCCUAAACAUCGAACUCAAAUGAAGAACAAAUAUUACCCUUUUGGGUAAUUGCAAAAACUAUGACAAACUAAACUAUUUCCCCAUAUAAGUGGUAAUAAAACAUUUCAAACUAGAACAAAUUAUAAUAAUAAUUAAGAUUAAGAAAUUAUACCUGUCAUAAUCCCGGGAAACAAGGCAGAGAAACUGUGCAUAAUUUGAGAGCAAAAGAGUGUUACUAGGCUCCUUAAACAACCCCAUCUGGUAAAGAAGAUCUGUCCUAUAAUACUCUUCAUAAUCAUCUCUUUCAACCUCAACUCCUACUGGUGAAACAAACUCAAUCUUACUAUCAAUAUCACGAUCUUUAACAUAAUCAUGAUCAACUACAACAAAUCCUAACCUUUCAUUCUUCACAUAACCUCCAAUCUCAUUAGCUUCUUCUACCAUUGAAUCCCACAAACCCUUUUCUUUCUCCUCCAAUUCCACCCCUGGUUUUUCUAUUUCCAAUUGCCCAACUCCCCAAUUUCUUGAGUUUUGCUCUAAAACUUCCUGGGUAUUUUCAAAAGGAAGUAAUGAUUCAAGCGAAACGGCGGCGAAAUUCGAGGUUAGUAGCAUAAUUUCUACCAUCAAAUCAGGGGUUUUGGCAAAAACUUCCCUAAACAACCAAAUAAAAGAAGAUGUCAUCUCCCUUUGAAUCUUGCUCAAAACUCCAUUAUCUAAUUCCUCAUCUAAAACCAAUCCCCUGCUUCUCAAAGCAUGGGUUUGAACCUCUUUGAUAAUAUACAAAGUCGAACAACAUAAAUUAUUGAUGGGAUUAUCUUUUAUAUAUUCCUCUAGAUCCCCAAUUUCUCUCUCCUCCUCUAAUCGUUGGAAUUUCUGCUUCAUUUUAAGCAUCCUAAGAGAGAGAGGCAGCUCAAUGCUGCUCGCUCGUCGCGCAAUGCAAUCGCGAAUCACCGCAUCCCUCGCAGGCCAAUCUGGUGGGUCGGGGCGGAUGCCCAACAAGGAAGGUUCUAGAACAUCCACCUGAGAAUCCGAAUGCCGAAACGAUGGCAUCGCGGUGGUAGUCGUAGUGGUGGUGUUACGGUGGAAGCUAGGAAAUUUGAGCUUCUUAUUAUGAGAGUUGGUUUGUUUUGGGGUAAAAUCUUGAUGGUGAGGGAAAUCAUUACCUUCAAAGCUUGCACUGCAAGAUCUACGGAGGUUUAGGUCCGUUGAUUUGGAGCGACAAAGGGUGGUUGAGGUUGUGGCGAGAGUGGUGGUAAGGAUGGUGGCGGAAGGAGAGCGGUGGAGGCGGAGCUUGGUGGUGGGGUAGAAGGAAGAUGAGGAUGCAUUGUGAGGAGGGGAAGGAGGAGAAAGAGGGGUGGGUUGUGCAAUGUUUACCCUCAUAUUUUGUUGUUUUCAGACAAACAAAAUAGGGAAAAUUGGUGUUUGAGAUUUGAGAAGAAGAGAUUGAUUUUAAUAUUUUGAGAAAGGUGGUGUGAGAAAGAGGGAGGGUUUUGUAGGAGUUCCGCAAUUGGAAAAAAAGGUGGGGAUGAAUUGACCACGAGAAGAUAUUCAAAGGCUGUGAGUUGUGAUACUCCUUGAUAAGGUGUAUUAUUGGUUGGAACGUAGAUACCGUUCUUUGUUAUAUAUAGCCCUAUUUGGGUUGUUAACGAGGCCAGACAACUUGUAAGUUAUAUAUAUAUAUGUUGAAUUUGAUUAAUUUUAGUUUGAAUUAGAGCAAUUUGGAGAUGUAUUAGCGAGUUGAGUUGUGCAACUUAUACGCGCAACUCGACUCGAUAGUUAAAAAUAUU